AUGUUGCUUUACUACUAUCUCUCGCUUCUACUCGGGUCGAUCCACAUCACCAACACCAAAUCGUUCUCUCUCAACUCGCCAGCCCUGCCCAAUUCGAACCUUGCAUACGAGCCCUACCACUGGCCUCGCAAAAUCUACGGCUUCUUCGUCAACCAUUCCCGACACCUCCAGGCAGCUGCCCACGCCACCACCGACGACUCCUCCAACGACCACCAGCACUCAAUCAUCGGGUCCGGAUGGCUGCCGGACAGAAAGAAACAGGAUCGACCGAUUGAAAAUGGCUCGGGAGUCGGGGCCACUACGACGUCGACGCAGAGACGGUUUCCCGCCAUCUACGCCCUGAUGCGGCACCUGCAGCGCACGGAUCGGGUGUGGGUGCCCGUGGCGCUUUUGUUUGUGAUGUCGUGGUUGGCGGUCAUGGCGAUGGGGGUGGUCGAGUGCGUUGGCAUGUGCUGGGAGAAGUCGAUGCAGAGGCAGGGACGAAGGCGUGAAGGGCUGGAUGGGAGGGUUUUGUUCGACGAGGGACUUUUGGAAGAGGUGGUGAUCGAGGCGGUGCCAAUGGAUGAGGACGAUGAGGAUAAUGAAGCUGGAGGGGAUGAAUAUGGGAUGUUGAAAAAGGCAUGA